AUGCUCCAAGCCAACACAGAGGACCAUCAGAGUUUGGUCACAGGAGCCACAGCAGCCCUGCAGGACUGCUUUGAGAGCACAAACAGGAUCAUGUUCAGGGAAGGAGCCACUUAUGACCAGCACACCUGCCUGGAAGAGUCCAGACAGCAUACCAGGAGAGUGCUCAGAGACUCCGCCAACCAGCUGGCAGAUGUCUUCACAAACAUGUGUAACAUCUCCCUGAGCCAGGCUGUGGUCCCUGUGGGCUUCAGAAAGAUCACCAUCAACCCAGUGCCCAAGAAGCCUAUGAAAACCCUGGGUGAGGGUGUAUUGUGUGUCACACAUAUUCCAGUGUAUAUACUGUAUGUGUACAGUGAGUGUGUCAUUUGUGUUGUGUUUCUUUAUCCCUCACUGUUGUCCUUGUGUUUUUCAGUUCCAGUGACCACAGACCCCAACACAGGCUCAGUGUGUUUAGGUGUGUCUCCUGACCUGUCCAGUGUGUAUGUGUGUGAGGAGCAGCCUCUUCCCAACAAUCCCGAGAGGUUUGUGAGCCCACAGAGCAUCUUGGGCUCAGAGGUCUUCAGCUCAGGGAGGCACAGCUGGGAGGUGGAGGUGGGAGACAACAGUCACUGGUCUCUUGGUGUAGCCAGUGAGACAAUCCACAGAAAGGACUGGUCCAACUCUGAUCUAAACCCAAGUCCUGCCUUAGACUCAGACACAGAGCCUAAUGGUGGCCCGUGGACUGUUUCCCUCUCCUCUGGGGAGUACCGGGCCUCUCCUGACCACAACACCCCCCUCAGACUGAGACGAAGGCCACGCAGAGUCAGAAUUCAACUGGACUGGGAGAGAGGGUGUCUGACUUUCUCUGACGCCAAUGACAACACCUUGAUCUAUCGUUUUAAAAAGCAGUGGAAUGGAAAUCUGAGACCC